AUGUUGCUGGAAAUUCAGCGAUCCAAAGUUUUAGUAUUUUCUCGCAAAAGUGCAUCACAAUCUCUACCGAUAAAAACACCGCGACAAUUGGUUCGACUUCAAAAUGUAUGUGUCGUUGACGCACAUUACGCACUAAAUUCGCGCUCGAUCGAUGAUUUGCUGGUACUAGAUACCGACCUUCGGGACUACCCAGCUCUUUAA